UACAAUUAAUCGACUCGUAGCGCCCGGCUCGUUCCUGACCAACACAUCAUCGGGGCACACAGGUUAAUGGAUAAACUUCCUACCUGCUGAACCAACAUCGGGAUCAGUCAGCUGCCCGGAAGAUUCACGUUACUUGAUAGAAAUACUUUAAAUGGGACUUUCUGCAAUAACGACAACAACAACUAGGUUUUAAUUUUCAGAGACACCUGUCGCUAAUGUUUCUGACUCAUGUUUCUGACACAAAAAUCUAAGAAAACGGCACCGAGCAUCAAACUAACUUCAGGUUUCAACCACAAGCUAGCUUAACUUUUCCUCUGACUGGAGGUACACGAAGGACUUCAGGGGGCUUUGCAUCGCGUUAGUACCUGGACAUGGACCGGCACAGAUACUUCAUUUUUAACCAGAAGAGCGUACUUGUUCUCGGCGUCCUCCAGGUGGCCUGUGCUGGUCUUUGUGUGGUCUGUGGGUUCAUGGACGCUGUUUUUCGCAAGGACACUCCGCUGAGUACCACCAGGACGCCGCUGUGGGGAGGACUGGUCAUGGCCUCUCCAGGUGUUCUGGCGCUGUUUGCCUCCCAAAGGAAGAACUCCAUACUGGUGAGUGUGAUGGUGGUGGCCUCAGGGCUGUCCUUCGUGGCUGCAGUCAUCAUAUCAAGUUACUCCUGUCUGACCCUCACCUAUGGGGAGGAGGACCAAGAGGUCUUCCAUCACCACAACAGUCCUCAAGUGACGUUUGUGCUCCAUCGGAUGGUGAAGGCUGCCAAUGCCACCAUACUGCUAAGCUGCAUCAUCAGCCUGGCUCUCUCCUCGCUCAUCGGCUACACGGGCUGUCGCAGCCUCCCCCUGUGUGGCUGCUAUGACACCAGAACUGGACUGGAGACCUUGGUUCCUCGGUGCGAUCCCGGGGACACUGAGAUGUGCACCUUGCAGGCAGGAGGAGACAACAGGCUCUUUAACGCUCCAGCUCAAUCCGCUGACAGAGGCGCUGCAGAGGAAGAGGAGGGGUCCUCCAAAUUGCCCCCAUACAGCAGACUGACUUGAGACACAUGCUUGUUGGGGACUGCUCCUUCACAUUCCUGCUCGCUUCCUUCUGAGCACAGACGCAUUAUAUUUAAUGUUCUGUCUGUAUAUGUACUUUUGAGCUCAGACAGGAGGAAUUUCAUAAUUCCAGUGGAGUUCAAGAUGCCAAGUCUUAAAAAACUGGACUUUUCAUCGACCUGUAGGAGAGCCACACAAUUCAGUCAGAUUAAUUUUUAAACUUGAAUAUCUGUAUACUACUUU